GAGCCCAGCAGUGCCCAGCAGUGCCUAGCAGACGACGCACGACUCAUUAUUGAAGUAUCGGACUGUCAACGUGCAAAUAUGGCGUCCGCAACGGUACCCUUACUGAUGGAUGAUGAUACGAUUGCUUUUGGAGAGGAGGAGGAGGUCCAGAAUUCCAACAAGCUUAAACACCCGUACGUUACGCUGUUUCACUUGGCCUUCCGGAUAGCGGCUAUAAUAGUUUAUUUGUUUUGCGGCUUGUUUUCAAAUAGUUUUAUAGCAAGCUUUGUAACAGUGGUACUACUUUUAUCGAUGGAUUUUUGGACCGUUAAAAAUAUUACAGGAAGAUUAAUGGUUGGCCUUAGAUGGUGGAAUUAUGUGGAUGACGAUGGCAAAAGUCAUUGGAUUUUUGAAUCUAAAAAGGGUGCACAACAGAACCGCAUUAAUGCAACCGAGGCGCGAAUCUUUUGGUUAGCCCUGAUUUUGUGCCCAUUUUUUUGGUCAAUGUUAUUUAUUGCAGCGUUAUUUGGUUUUAAAUUCAAAUGGCUUUUGCUCGUUUGCAUUGCCAUAGUUUUAAACGGUGCAAAUUUAUAUGGCUAUGUCAAAUGUAAAAUGGGAAAUGAUAAAAAUAUUUCAACGGCCACAAGUGAUUUCAUCAGGAAACAAGUUCUUCAAAAUGUUACAUCAAUAAUGACCAGGAGUCCACCAACGAAUAAUUCCAAUCAACCAACUAAUGUUAUAUAAAUUAUGAAACAUUAAUUAAUAUAUGGAUGUGUGUGUGUAUGUCAUUUAA